UUUAAAAAAUGUACAAUCAAAUAUUUAUGGUGUACUUUUAGGCUUAGCGCGGAGCGGCAGUUGCCUUUACACAACAGUUGCACAGAAGUGAGUUUUGGUAUUUUUUAGCACAUUUCAAGCAACCAAAUUCAACAGUGUGGCAGCGCUGUCGCCUGCUGUAAACAGCUGUUUUACUCAUAUCGCAUCGUGUCGCAAGAUUGCAGUGCAAUAAUCAACAAAGUGCUUCAGUUUAAUUUGACCUUCGAUAAUGAGACUGCUGCAAAUUGUGCGCAAGAUGAGUCAAGCGGCUUCCAUUGAUCAACUUUCGGCGCUGCGCAUGAAAUAUAACGAGCGCAAGGAUGCCUUUCUGGAGCAGAACAUCAAGGUAAAGGAUCCGUUUUGCCUAUUUCGCGACUGGCUGGAUGUCGCCCUAAAUACCAAAGAGAUCAUCGAGCCAAAUGCCGCUGCCUUGGCCACGGUGGACGCGUCCGGCAAACCCUCCAAUCGUUUUGUGCUCAUCAAGGAGGCCUGCGCCGAGGGCUUCACAUUCUUCACCAACUACGGCAGCCGCAAGGCGGAGGAUAUUGCCUGCAAUGCAAAUGUGGCCAUUGCCAUCUACUGGAUGCCCCUGCGUCGCAGCGUACGCAUUGAGGGCAUCGCCGAAAAGAUUUCACACGAGGCAUCCCUCAAGUACUUCCACGAGCGUCCGCGAGCGAGUCAAAUUGGUGCCGCCGCCAGUCCGCAGAGUCAGCGCAUUCCUUCGCGCAGCUACCUGGAUGAGGUGGAGGCGGGCAUUAAAGCAAAACUGGGAGCCGAUGGCGAGGUGCCGCUGCCCAACUGGGGCGGCUACCUGGUGCGACCCAGUGUCAUAGAGUUCUGGCAGGGACAAACGGAUCGCCUACACGAUCGCAUACGCUUUCGACGUGGCGACGGAGUUGCCGCUGAGGUCGAUGACCAGCUGGUGCACAAGGGGGAGAACGGGUGGGUCUAUGAGCGCUUGGCGCCCUAAGGAGAACUAGAGCUAAGAAUAGUAGAUGCUGCGCAUUUGUAAUGUCUUCCAGAAUGUUUGGUAAUGAGUAAUAUACAAAUUUGAAAUAUCAUGAUUAUAAAAGAUUUGAAAGUUCA